UGGAUUGUCCCACUUCCAUUUACACGGUGAGAGAGGGUGUGAGCGAGAGAAGGGAAGAGAAAGAGAGAGAGAGAGAGAGAGAGGGAAGGGACUAGCAACAGGGACGCCAUGAACUCGCCUACCAAUUCUCAGCAAACGAUUUCUGAUGAUGAUGAAAUUGACUACACUGUGAAACCUGAGUUUUAUGAUCCUGAUCUCGAUGAUAAAGAUGAGUUAUGGGUUAAUAAACGAAGGAAUGGUCCUAUCUCUGAUGCGGUGCUUAGCUGUCCAGCUUGUUUUACAACCCUAUGCUUGGAGUGUCAAAGGCACGAAAAAUAUGUGACCCAAUACAGAGCAAUUUUUGUUGUUAAUUGCAAGGUUGGAAAUGAACGACCUAACCAUCAAAGCAUUCCGAGACCUAAAAGGGGAAAGAAAAGGAAAGUUUCAGGCGAGAGUGAAGUAAAUGCUGCAGGUGGUGAAAAACUAAAGCAAGUUUGCUGCUUAACUUGCUCAACAGAGGUUGGAGUAAUUGAUGAAGAUGAAGUUUAUCAUUUCUUCAAUGUUCUUCCAAGUGAGUCUUGACCUGCUAAGUUUUCAUUAACCAUGCAUUGUAUGGAAUUUUAUAGUUAGAUUAUAACUCCAGUUAAUACAUAAUCGCGAAAAUUAUGCUGU